AUGGAUAAAUCAAUGUUCAGUGCAGAAAGUGUGUCGCAUAACGAAGAACUGGAGAAAUUUUAUGAGCUAAUAAUUGAUGCAUCGCAAAAGGUACAAGAAAUGAAUCUAAGAGAUGGAGGCAGUUAUGAAGAUAAUAAUGCAACAGAGGAUAAUAAUGCUCCAUACAUGCUGCCAGUAGUGCUUUAUAAAGAACCACUGAGGAAAAACCCAAAACAUGUACUUCAUGUUAUGCAGCGUUUGCAUUUUAUGACUACAACUGAAAUGCAGAAGGAAUUAAAGAAAGCACAUAUCGAUUCUCGCGGAAAACGAAAUCAGCUCUACAGUAGGUUGAAGAAGUGCUUCCGAAAAGAUUUCACAAUUAUUAAAAACGCAGAUCCCUUACGAAGCAAAACCAAUAUAUUUUAUGACUAUUUUGUGGUAAUAGAUUUCGAAUGUACGUGUGAAGCUGAUCUCUAUGAUUAUAACCAUGAAAUUAUUGAAUUUCCAGCUGUUCUUGUUGAUGUACGGAAAAAAGAAAUUGUCGAUGUUUUCCAUUCAUAUGUACGACCACUAGCGAAUCCGCAACUUAGUGAAUUUUGUUCAGCCUUUACGGGUAUUACUCAAGAAAUGAUUGACAAAGCUUUACCAUUCAUUGAUGUUUUGGAUUCUUUUCGAACGUGGAUGCAGUUACAUCGUUUAGGGCAGAACGAUAUGCGCUAUGCUUUCGUAACUGAUGGGCCUUGGGAUAUCGCUAAAUUUUUUCAAAUGCAGUGCAUCCAGAGUAAAUUAAAUACCGUUCCUCACGAUUUCCGCUUUUAUAUCAACAUUCGAAGAUCGUUCGCAAAUAAAUAUUGUAAAAAGUAUUCGAUGCAAAAGAUUAACCUAGGCGGAAUGCUAACAUUUCUCAAUAUGAAAUUUGAAGGUCGCGAACAUUCUGGACUCGAUGAUUCCAAAAAUAUUGCAAGAAUUGUUAUAAAAAUGUUAGAAGAUAGAUCUGAGCUGAGGGUUAACGAGAAACUUGUUCGAAUUAAAGAAAGUGAAAAAGCAAAACUAUUACCAAACAUGAAGAUGAAUAAGGAAGAUCGGGAUCGACAAUCAUGGAGGAAUAAUCUUCCAUAUAUAGUACAACAGAUAAGUCGGGAUUCGUUUAUCAGUGGUGAAUAUUUAGACUGUAACACAUGCGAUGAGAGCGACUGA